CCCACCCCGCCAAUAUUAUCCAGUACAGAGAAGCAAAACCAGAAGCUCCUCUCCAACUUGCGGUUCUUCUCUCCACUGGCAGUCCUUCCCACGCUGUGUCCUGAUUGUAACAGUUCCCUGGACUCUACUCUGAAUCCCCAGCACUGAGAGGAGGCCUGGCACUGGCAGGCGGUCGCGGGAGAGAAGGCGGAAGAGGCAGCUUUUUGGAACUGUGCACGGGAAAGAGCGUUUUGGAACGGUGUCUCCGGAGGGGUGAAGGUAUGGAAAAUUUGAAGCAUAUCAUCACCUUUGGCCAGGUCAUCUACAAACGGUGUGAAGAGAUGAAAUACUGCAAGAAACAGUGCCAGCGCCUGGGCAACCGUGUCCUUGGCCUGGUCGAGUCUCUGGAGAUGCUCCAGGACCAAGGAAAGAGGAAGGUGCCCUCUGAGAAGUUAAACACAGCCAUGAACCGCUUCAAGGUUGCCCUAGAGGAGGCUAAUGAGGAGAUAGAAAAGUUCAGCAAUAAAUCCAAUAUCGGGAGGUUUUUAACAACAAGCCAGGACAAAAUACUCUUCAAAGACGUCAACGAGAAACUGAAUGAUGUCUGGAAGGACCUAUCGCUGUUACUUCAGGUUGAGCAACACCUAUCUGUUUCACACAUAAGCCAAGGAGCGUCCUGGGCACAGGAAGAUCAGCAGGAUGCAGCUGAAGACAGGCGAGCCUUCCAGAUGCUGAGAAGGGAUAAUGAAAACAUAGAAGCUUCAUUGAAACGAUUGGAAAAGGACAUGAAAGAAAUCAAGGAAACUUUGAGGCAGUAUUCACCACGAAAACGCAUGCAGGAGACCCCGCAAGAGCAAGUCAAGGAGAUCAAGAAGGAGCAGCUUUCAGGAUCCCCGUGGACUCUGCUAAGCCAAAAUAAAGUCAGCACACUUUAUAAAGGAGAAUACCACAGAGCUCCAGUAGCCAUAAAAGUAUUCAACAAACCCCAGGCUGGCAGCAUUGGAAUGGUAAGGCAGAUUUUCAAUGAUGAGAUCAAAACCAUGAAGAAAUUUGAAUCUCCCAACAUUCUGCGUAUAUUUGGGAUUUGCAUUGAUGAAACAGUGACUCCGACUCAGUUCUCCAUCAUCAUGGAGUACUGUGAACGUGGGACCCUGAGGGAGCUGUUGGAUCGGGAAGAAGAUCUCACACUUGGCAAGCGCAUGGUCCUUGUCCUGGGGGCAGCCCAAGGCCUGUACCGGCUACACCAUUCAGAAGCACCUGAACUCCACGGAAAAAUCAGAAGCUCAAAUUUCCUGGUAACUGAAGGCUACCAAGUGAAGCUUGCAGGAUUUGAGUUGAGGAAAACCCAGACUUCCAUCAGUUCAAAAGCUACAAGAAAAGAGACAGAGGCAGUCAUAUCUACAGCAUACAUCUCACCUCAGAAACUGGAAGAUAUAUAUUAUCGAUAUGACAUAAAGUGUGAAAUAUACAGCUUUGGAAUCGUCCUCUGGGAAAUUGCUACUGGAAAGAUCCCGUUUAAAGACUAUCGUUCUAAUCAGAUCUACGAUCUGGUGGCUGUGAAGCGGCAGCAGGAGCCACUGAGUGAAGACUGCCCUCCAGAGCUGCGGGAGGUCAUUGACGAGUGCCGGGCCCAUGAGCCGUCUGCACGGCCCUCUGUGGAUGAAAUCUUAAAGAAACUCUCCACCUUUACUAAGUAGUAUUUUGAAAUCUAAGCCAAGGAGUCCCUGGACAAGAGGCUGGGAGAGGCACAAACUGGACAUCUCUCUCUCAUAUCCUUUGCCAUUGAGUUAUUUAUGGGUGCAACGAGUGUGGGCACUUCUCUGUUACAAAUAGAAAACAAUUCCAGUCAUACAGGACACAUCCCACUUCAAAUGAUACUUCCAAAAAUACACCUCUGACAGUAGCUUUGAUAGAUGGUUUGUCAAAUGUAUCUUUCUGGGUGUCCAUACCUCUUAAUAAUGUAAUUUGCAGUUCCUCCCAUCCAUAAAUGAAGUCUGUUUUCCCACCCUUGAAUCUGGGCUGGCAUUGUGACUUGAUUUAUCAUUAGAAUGUGGAAGAAGUGACUGUGUGCCAGUUCCAAGCCUAGGCUUCAGGAGGCCUUAUAAAUGUCUGUUGGAACUUUACCCAGCCAUUAACAUGACGAGCGAGCAUGCUGGAGAAUGAGAGACCACAUGAAGCAGAAACAUGCUUUCCUAGCUGAAGUCAUACUAGACCAACCAAUAUGGCAGCUAACACAGUUAUGUGAAUGAGGUCAAUCAAGACCAGAAGAACCACUCAAGCAGAGCCCAGCCCAAAUUGCCCAUUCAAACAAUCAGGAGCUAAAUAAAUUAUUGUUGUCUUAACACUAA